AUGGCUAGGCUCUUUUGGAUUGGGAAUUCCGUCGUUUUUGCGAUAAUUUUAUUUUUCGCCUGGCCGACUCUAGCGGCCAAUGGACGUCGCAGCUUCUCGGUACAUCAAAUUUCAAGAGCAGACACAAGCCAACUCUUCAAUAUAUCAAAAGCUUUUGCCCGAAAUGUCUUUAGAUAUGGAGGACAAAGGCUUCCUAAUGCCGUAAAAUCUGCGGAGACGGCAACUGUCUUGACUUGGGCUCAAGAUCGAGAAUUUUUAAUUCCGGUCAGCGUGGGAGCUUCCACUCUCAAUCUCACAAUAGAUACUGGCUCUUCUGACUUGUGGGUGUUUUCAUCCCAAUUACCUGAAGAUCAACGAGAAGGACAUGCUGUGUAUAAGCCUUCCGUAUAUGCAUCUAAAUCAUCCACGCAGACUUGGAAAAUUUGGUAUGCAGAUGGCAGCCAUGCAAGCGGUGGCCUCUGCCACGAUGUUCAAGCUGUCGAAAUUGCGACUAAUGUUAGCAAUAAUCUUGUUCAUAGUAGUAGAUCAGAUGGAGUCCUUGGACUCGGUUUUAGCAAUCUCAACAAAGGUAUUUUCAAAAACACAGAUCAGCAGUACUAUUUCUUUUUCGAACUAGCUAAUCUUCGUGACCCAGUGAGACCGGAGCGUGAAAAUACCUUCUUCGACAACGCUAAGCUACAGUUAAAACUGCCUUUAUUUGCUGCUAUCCUGAAGGAAGACACUCCUGGGAGUUACGAUUUCGGCUUUAUCAAUAAAUCUAAGUAUAUAUAUGAACUGGUCUAUGUUGAGGUAGAUAGUUCACGCGGUCAUUGGAACUUUAAACUUAGUGGUUAUGACCUUGGAGAUGGGGAGAUUGUGAAUGAUCUUCUUGACAGUGUUAUAGACACAGGAGCAUCGUUGAUCUUUCUUCCCGAGAAUAUUGUGCGGGCAUACUACCAACAAGCCAUCGGAGCAGAAUACAACGCCCAAUUUGGUGAAUGGACCAUCCCUUGCUCCUCGUUUCUACCAUCUUUUACGCCUAUUAUCAAGGGUUAUAAUGCUAAGGUUAAGUCGGGUACCCCACUUUCUGGCCACCCCCCUUUUGGGCCACCCUUUUAUAUCAAAAAUCACUUUUUAGACUUAUUAAUAUUUCUAUUAAUAUUCAAUAUGAUUUGA